AUGGGCUGUAUGGAGAGAGCCAUCGACGGUCCGUCCGUUGGGCUAGACAAUAUCGCAGCAGAAGAGCACGAAUUGAAGUUGGAGGAAGAGUUAGAUCGCAGUCAUUCACCACCCCCUAGAUACCCCAUUUCAGAACCAUUACAACCGACGCCUUCCUCGCCACGGCCCCCGCCCUUUUCUUCCCUCUAUACCUCAACUGCAGAAGCUGUCGAGGCUUACAAGGUUGCCGUUACUGAAGCAGGCGCAUCUCUAUCUACGUCUACUGCUGCCCCGGAAUACGUUCUUAUCGCGUCCGAUCAAAAUAGACAGGCUCUCGAAGCUUCUACAUCCUCAAGAGACGUCGAGGCGGAAACAAAAGCUGCAUUACCCCAGGACAAUAAAGGCGAAUCCUCAAAAAAAGACGACGAAAGCGAACCACCACCUGCAUAUUCGGAAGGUUCAAGUCCGCUCGACGGCUUUACAUAUCUGAUGGCGGCCGCCGGAGGAGCUGCGAGUAUUAUUACUCAAGUCCAGCAAGGUGCAGCACCUAUAAAUACGCUUGGAGGUAAAUACGAUCCUGCAUCAUUACAAUACAUGCUUGAAUUCUUUCGCAACGUAGCGCAAACGAUUCCAUCAGGUUCAAACUCACCAUCCGCGGGACCAGAAACAGACACUGUACCAAUUGAGCCAAUGGCAGGAUCUGCUAGGGAGAUGUUACAGGAUAGAGCUGGCAUAAUUGUUUUGAGGGAAGACUUAGAUUUCUAUGCGAUUCCUCCCAGGGCUGAUAUCGAACAACCGGAAAUGAUUGAGGUGAAGAGAGCGGCUGGAAAGGCGCUGUUGAAACAAGAUGGUAUAUUUUCUGGCUUGAGAAGAAGUGAGGAAACUGGUACAACAGAGCAGCAUUUGAUUGAAAUGUUAACUGCUGGGGGUUUCAACCACGAUGAUCACUGGGGUCAUCGAGCAGGAGAGCCAAACAAAGCUGUUAUAUGUAGUCUCGCAUUAGCUCGUCUUCGAACUGACAUUCGUGGUAACGAGAUGGGUGGUAAUGCUGUGGGUAUGGCACAAAAGCUGCUGCUUUUCUGGAGAAAACCUGCGAGAAGAUGUUGGUGGGAGGGCGUAGAAUUGGAGAAUGUAGAAGGUGUAGAGGGGAAGUUAAAGGUGUGGAUUCGAAGGGUGUGGACAUUGGAGAUGAGUGUUAUCGGCCUACGUUGA